CAGCUGUCAGUCGUUUGACGUGGAUCAGCUGAUAGCGGCCAUCUAGAGCGCGCUGCGCUCGGCCAACAUGGCCGCGUCCAUAGUCGCCGUCCCGCUGCCGCGACUGUUGGUUUGCCGCACGCGCCUUCAUCGCCUAACGGCUUACGAUUCGUUCGUGUGGAUGGUGCACGUUCCUCGGAGAUGCACGACACCCGUAGUCAGGAUGAAUAGUCUCCGCCAGAACGUGUCGCUGACGAGAAGCGUGCAUGUCGCUUGUACCCUGCUGAAGGAGACUCCGCGAAACUUGAAGCACAAGAAGCACAGCUCGCAGCAAUGGCUGGUGAGGCAGCUGCGCGAUCCUUACGUGGAGAAGGCGAAGCAGGAGCGUUACAGAUGCAGAAGCGCGUUCAAACUACUGGAGAUCCAAGAGAGGUUCAAUAUCUUCAAGCCGGGCCAGGUGGUCGUGGAUUGCGGGGCUGCGCCGGGUAGCUGGACCGAGGUCGCCGUCAACGCGAUCAACGCCUCGGGCAAGAAGGACGGCUCUGUCGGCAAGGUGUUCGCCGUCGACAAGCUUCCGUUUUACCCGGUCGAAGGCGCGGUCGUACUGAGCGGCAUGGACUUUACAAGCGCCAGCACGCAGGAAGAACUGCGUAAGACGAUGCAGGACGACAAGGCGGACGUGGUCCUGUCCGACAUGGCGCCCAACGCCAGCGGUGUGAGGGAGAUCGAUCACGACAAUAUAAUAAUGCUCGCGUACUCCGCGAUGAAAUUUGCCCUGCAAAUGAACAAGCCGGACGGUACGUUCGUCGUGAAGAUAUGGGACGGCAGAAAGACGCAGCAGUUGGAGCAGGACAUGCUGAGGUUCUACAACAGGGUGAGGAUAGUCAGGCCGAACGCCACGAGGGAUGAGUCGACAGAGAUGUUUUUCCUCGCCAGAGACUUCAAAGGCCUCAAGACGAGAUGAUGCGAGUAGAAGCGACGUUUCUUCGUGCUGGCAGCGCGACCUUGUUUUUCCUUUUGUUUUUAUAAUACAAUAUAAUUGUUACAAUAGAGUCGUUAUACAGAGGGGAGACACGUGUACACAAAGCGGGCGGGUUGCGUUUGAAAUAAAUGAAAAAUGAGAUGACGAGAUAUUUUGGUAUUAUCGUGCGCAUCUUUUAUAUAAGUCCUCCCACUCGGUUAUCUAAUACAGACGGCCUUGCACAACACGACAAAGAUGCAAUAUACAUCGAUAUAUUUCGCUAUAAAUAAUACAAUGAGAUUUGAUACAGUCACAUGAUUAAUACGCAUCGCGACGCUGUUGUGUGUGUUAACGCUUACACUCUCCUCAUAUAUUAUAUGCUUAUGUUUCAUAUGCUAUGUAUAUAUACAAUUCUCCGUA